GACGACAUCAAAAAUGGUUUAACCAAUUUUCAAAUGGCUACGCCAAAUCCUGGAGAUGCUGCCUUUUCAUAUCAAAUUUUAACACAGUUGAUUUUGCUAGAUGGUACAUACUUGCAAGAAAUGAUGAAAAGCUUCAAAUUCAUCAAUGAAACUGAACGGAAAGUACACGAAGCAAUGGAAAACAUGUUUCUUGUCACAGAAAAGUUGGAAAAGCGAACAGUGGAAAUGCAGAACUUCUUUGAGAAUGGAUUUGACAAAUUAAUAAAUCAGACAUUACUUAUACAACAAGAUGGUAUUCUUCGAGUUAUGGUGAGAUAUGGGAGUUACGUUAUGAAAGAGUUAACAACGAAUAUGGGCAUGUGUAAUAUUUUUCCUGAGACAUAUGACAAUAUGAAAGGCUUGUUAUGUUUUUAUCUCGCCGACUCUGUGAACGCUAUCUGGCUAUCUCUUGCAAUCGUGGUGUUUUCUUUUAUAUUUUUUUCCCCAAUGUACAUGGACUUAAUAACACACUAUAGAAUAGCUGCAUUGGAUUUUGAAAGUGAAAACGGGCCCUUAACGACUGAAGCUAGCGACUUAAAGUUUUCCAUAGGGGCUGCGCGACAAGUGUCCGAACGAGCGGAAAAUCAAUGGAUGUAAAUAUUUUAAUUUUAUAAUUAUUUAAAAAACUUGA